UCUAGGGAACAAGCCUGUUGAGUAAUACUUUUAUCAAAGAGAUACCCAAAACACCAAAACAAAUGGAUCCUCUAAAUCUCCUUCUCUUGCUUCUUCUCACGUUUGCUCUUACCAUCAACGCCCAAUUCCCAGCAAGCUACUGUGGUUCGACCGGCAACUUCACCGCCAACAGCACCUACCAAACCACCCUCACCACCCUCCUCUCCUUCAUCUCGGCCAACAACUCCUUGUCCUUCUCCUACGGCUUCUUCAAUGCCUCCGCCACCGUCUCUGGUGCCUCCCAAACCCUUUAUAUCUUUGGCCUCUGCCGCGGUGACUUAACCGCCGUGAGCUGCCGCGCCUGCCUCGAUGCCUUGGCCUCUGACAUGCGAUGCCUCUGCCCUCUCCAGAAGGAGGCACUCCUCUACACCGGGAAUUGCAUCAUCCGGUACUCGAACGCCUCGUUCUUCAUCACAGUCGCCACAGAACCCACCUACGUGGCGAGUUCUGGUGAAGAUGUCUCGAGCCCGGAAACGUACGACGCAGCAAUGACAAAACUCCUGAACGGUCUAUGGGCCGAGGCAGCAGGUGGCGGCUCGCUGAGAAAGUACGCAUCAGGAAACGAAUCAGCAGGGCCGGACAUGAUCUAUGCAUUGGUGCAGUGCAUGCCAGACUUGACGGAGCAGCAAUGCAGCAACUGCCUGGUGUUAGGCGUCCAGGCGAUAAGGGAUUGCUGUGACAGGUACACAGGAGCACGGUUCAUGGUGCCAAGUUGCAUGAUCAUGUACGAGACCAAUCAUCGAUUCUUCGACCCAGUCAGUGAGCCACUGCCGCUGCCACCGCCACCAUCGCAGGAGGUAGAUGUGCUGCCUUCACCACCAGUUGGAAAGAGCAAUUCGACGAGGACUGUGAUCAUUGCAGUUGUCACAUGUGUUUCUGCACUCCUUAUUAUCGGCGUUGUCCUGCUCCUGAAAGUGAAAAGGAAGAUGAAGCAGCUCAGACAAAGAGUUGACGAUAACGAUGCUCUGAAUGACCGAAUUUUUGUCUUUUUAGGUGAAGCUGUGGAUGAAAUUAUCACGGCGGAGUCGCUGCAAUUUGAUUUCGGCACUAUUAGAAUGGCAACGGAUAACUUCUCUGAUUCCAAGAAGCUUGGACAAGGUGGUUUUGGUGCUGUCUACAUGGGUCAACUUUCCAAUGGACAGGAAAUCGCGGUGAAACGGUUGUCGCAAAAUUCCAGCCAAGGGGAAGUAGAAUUCAAGAAUGAGGUCAUGUUACUAGCUAGGCUACAACAUAAGAACUUGGUCAGGCUCCUAGGUUUCUGUCUGGAAGGAGUCGAACAGCUUCUCAUUUACGAGUUUGUGCCCAAUUCGAGCCUUGAUAAGUUCAUAUUCGAUCCCUUGAACCGUGUGAAUCUUAACUGGGAUAGGCGUCACAAGAUAAUAAUGGGUGUUGCUCGAGGGAUGCUUUACCUACAUGAAGACUCUCGACUUCGUAUUAUCCAUCGGGACCUCAAAGCAAGCAACAUUUUGUUGGAUUCAGACAUAAAUCCUAAGAUAUCGGAUUUCGGUAUGGCAAGGUUGUUCGAGUUGGACCAAACUCGGGCAGAGACAAACCGAAUCGUGGGGACCUAUGGAUAUAUGGCGCCAGAGUAUGCGAUGCAUGGAACUUUCUCGGUCAAGUCAGAUGUGUUCAGUUUUGGAGUGCUGAUUUUGGAGAUUGUGAGUGGUCGUAGGAACAAUCUUUACAGUAUGGGCAAUGACGUGGAGGCCCUACCAGGCUAUGUUUGGAAGAAUUGGAGGGAAGGAUCAAUAUCGAACAUCAUCGAUCCCUCUAUAACUUUUGGUCCGAGUACUGAAAUUAUGAGGUGCAUCCAGAUUGGUCUACUAUGUGUCCAAGAAAAUGCGUCUAGCCGGCCAACGAUGGCCUCAGUCCUUCUCAUGCUUAACAGCCACUCGGUCACUCUCCAAGUGCCGUUGAAACCUGCAUUCUUCUUACACAAUGGUGCUGAAUCAGAUAUGCCAGAUACGCAAGAUUACAAUUCGAGGGUGCAGAGCAGAUCAUCCUCCGAAGCCAAAGUCCUCGAAGCUUCCAGAAGUCCCGCGCUCUCAAAAAUUGACCUUGGAAUGCGCUCGCUAGUCGUGCCCGUCGCGCAGGGCAGCAAACACUGGCUAGACUUGGAGUUUCUAAGGAGAGCGAAUGUGGGGGCUGUGGUUUGGGUUUUGGAGGUGGAUCUUUCAUUUCCAUGGCUCGUUCUUCGGUGUGAGCUUCUCUAUGCGUCGUCUGGUCAUUGUGACGAAGAAAAAAGGAAAGAUGAACAAUAA